AUGCGCUACUUUCCUCUCAUAAUAGCAGUGUCGGCUCUUUUCGCCGCCGCACAAGAGCCUACACCGGUGUCUCAGAGCGCAGCCACGCCAAGCGACAGUACACAAUGCGCUUCUCAACAGGUUGUAGAUAAUUGUGUUGCAAUCAUGAAGAAGGCUCUUGAAAAAUGCUCAUCGGAUAACUGGGAUUGCAAAUGCUCAGGGUCCGCAAAUAUCGCAAAUUGUUACGUGAAUUGCCCCGACAGCCCAGACUAUAUCGCCGCUCAGUCAUCCAGUGCCUCUGAUUGCGCUACUGCCAACGCCUACGACAAAGGACAUACCGUCGUACCAGACACGUGGAAGACGAUGGACUUCUACAAUAAUGUCCGUGUAACCGCAACGAGUACCAACAACGAAGCCAGCCCGACAUCUACUGGGGCAAAGAUAUUGGACACUCAUAAGGAAUCUGCGAAGCCGUCUAAGGGGGCCGCAAAUGUGAAAGCCACGGGGAGCUGGCUUGCUUUGGUUGGUUUAGGUAUCGGUGCUUUCUUCUGA